AUAAAGGUCUCGCGGCGGCGUUUGACGUCACGCGGAGUUAAUUUUAAACCCGGACAAGAUGGCGGAAGGGGACGCGGCGCGGCCCGGCCAGCGAGCGGGGCCGCCAGAUAAGAGUUUGGAGGAGAAUGCCCUGGUAGACUCUGAUGCCCUGGUUAACUCAGAAGAUGAAGCAGAUUUGAAGACACCUUGCCCUAUACAAAUUGUUCUUGCACAUGAAGAUGACCAUAACUUUGAACUUGAUGAAGAGGCACUGGAGAACAUUUUGCUUCAAGAACAUAUAAAAGAUCUCAAUAUAGUAGUUGUAUCUGUAGCAGGGGCUUUCCGCAAAGGGAAAUCAUUUCUACUGGACUUCAUGCUUAGAUAUAUGUACAACAAGAAUUCCUCAUGUUGGAUAGGUGGGAACAAUGAGCCAUUAACUGGAUUUACAUGGAGAGGUGGAUGUGAAAGAGAAACAACUGGCAUUCAGAUUUGGAGCGAAGUGUUCGUAAUUGACAAGUCUGAUGGGACAAAGGUGGCUGUACUACUUAUGGAUACUCAAGGUGCCUUUGAUAGCCAAUCCACUAUCAAAGACUGUGCGACGGUAUUUGCUCUGAGCACCAUGACGAGUUCUGUCCAGGUUUACAACUUGUCCCAGAACAUUCAAGAAGAUGAUCUCCAACAUUUGCAGUUGUUUACAGAGUAUGGAAGACUUGCUAUGGAAGAAAUUUACCAAAAGCCAUUUCAGACACUAAUGUUCUUAAUUAGAGAUUGGAGCUAUCCUUAUGAACACUCGUAUGGGUUGGAAGGAGGAAAAAAAUUUCUAGAAAAGCGAUUGCAGGUAAAGCACAACCAGCAUGAAGAGCUACAGAACGUAAGGAAGCAUAUUCGCUCGUGUUUCAGCAACCUGGGCUGUUUCCUGUUGCCCCACCCUGGUCUUAAAGUUGCGACUAAUCCAAAUUUUGAUGGGCGGUUGAAUGACAUUGAUGAUGAUUUCAAGAGAGAGCUGCGGGAUCUGGUUCCAUUACUACUUGCUCCUGAAAACUUGGUAGAGAAAGAGAUCAGUGGAGCCAAGGUGACUUGUAGAGAUCUAGUAGAAUAUUUUAAGGCUUACAUUAAAAUCUAUCAGGGAGAGGCGCUACCUCAUCCUAAAUCAAUGCUCCAGGCAACAGCUGAAGCCAAUAAUCUUGCUGCAGUAGCAGGAGCAAAAGACACCUACAACAAAGGCAUGGAGCAGGUUUGUGGUGGAGAUAAGCCUUACAUUGCUCCAUCAGACCUAGAGAGACAGCAUCAGGAUUUUAAAGAGUCAGCUGUCAAACAGUUCUGUUCUGUGAAAAAAAUGGGAGGAGAGGAGUUCUGUCGGCGCUACCAGGAGCAACUUGAAGCGGAGCUCGAUGAAAUCUAUGCAAACUUUGUGAAGCACAAUGAUGGCAAAAACAUCUUUUAUGCUGCUCGUACCCCUGCUACUCUAUUUGCUGUUAUGUUUGCCAUGUAUAUCAUCUCAGGACUGACUGGCUUCCUUGGUAUGAACUCCAUCGCUAGCUUGUGCAAUCUCAUCAUGGGGCUAGCGCUGAUAUCCCUUUGUACUUGGGCAUAUGUUAAGUACUCUGGGGAAUUCAGAGAAGUUGGAACAGCCAUUGAUCAAGUCGCUGAAGCACUAUGGGAACAGGUAUUGAAGCCCCUGAGUGAUAAUUUGAUGGAGGAUAACAUGAGGCAGUCUGUAACAAACUCUAUCAAAGCAGGCCUCACUGAACAGGUGUCUCAUCAUGCCAGGUUAAAGACAGACUGACAGUUCAUCUCCUCUUCAACUCUGCCCUCUCAUCCUAGACAUGCUGUACAAUGAGAACUCAAUGAAAAUAAACCAAAGUUUACAAUCAACUAUAGAUGUAGUUUAGUGUGACUGGCUUCACUGAUGGGUGCCAUCAAGUGUGAAAAAUGAGUUUGUCAACGUUAAGCAUUCUCUUUAAUCUGCUUCUAAGACAGACCAGUGCCAUGGAGACUGGGAAAUGCAGGGACUCUGAAUGCAGUUGUUGUGUGUUGUGCACGUGUCCCAGGGUGAGUGACUUUCCUCCUUUCCUGAGAUGGUGCAGUGUCUGGCGUGCAAUGGAAAUGUAUCCUCUGUACAAGGGUAUUUCAGAGAAGUAAUUGUCAAAUGUGUACAAGGAAAUCUUGUAACCGUGUGUUUAGCCAACCAAUAUCCCAUUGGAACUUUUAAGUUCUGGAGUAUUUAUAAAAUCACUGUAUCAAGAGUCAGAUUGAAAUGUCAGUGCUAGCUGGCAUUAGUGAAGCCAAUAUUGAGCCACUGUAUAAAGAUUUUGCUUUACUGCUUUUUACACCAUUAUCCCAAUGCAUGUUGGUUCCUCACAAAAAAUAUUAGAACUAACUGUUGUAACCAAGGAAGUGAUUCAAAGUGUACAUUUGUCUUGCCUUUUUUGAUUCACAAACUUGUCCUACAGGAGAUGCAUUUCAGAAAACUGAGCUGUCUUUUUCUGCAGUUUAGCCUUCAUGUAUAUACUAUGCCAUUAAUUUUACUGGGGGGAAGUUCCAUCCAAAAAAAGUUGCCUACAGCUGUGAAGCAAUGAGUUAGGACUGUCUGUACAGCGUGUUUAGUUUUUAUUUUUAAGAAGUCAGAUAGGGCGUGUAUAUGAAAUAUAAAUAUAUAAAUACCAUUUUGUAUCAAAGUUUUGUAGUUUAUGGCAAAACCUGGUUCUGUGGUAAGCUAAGUACAGUCCCCGUGACGGAAUGCUUGUGGCUCAUGUAAACGUGUGAAUGCAUAAACAGUUUGACGUUUUUGUGAUAUUUACCUGCCUUGAGCACUGCGAUCUCUCACCCCCUGGGAAAUCAAUGGGAAUGUUGGUUGUGAAACUUCUUGUCCUCUGUUGCAUUUUAAACUUAUUUCCUGUAAUUUAUUUUCAGUACAUGAUUAAAAUAAGUUGUGUAUAUAUGAAAUGAAACUCAUCUUUCUUCAAGAAAUGGUGGUGUGUAUGUAUUCCACUACAUAAAUCAUGUAAACUAUUUAAUCUGAAAAGAUCAAACAAGAAUUUGUGCCAAGUACAGCAUGCAAUAUGCUCCAUCUUUUAAUGAAGAUGAACUUGAAAGUAUAUUGCUCCCCUUUCAUGCUGGCAUGUAUCUCUUUGAAAGAGAACACUUUGUCUAGCAAAUCUUAUAAAAAAAUAUACCACUACCACAAAAAAAUAUAUAUAUAAGAUCUCAUCCUAAUUAAUACCUCCAUAAAGCAUGCUACUUCACUUGUUGAGUUGGAUGUCAGUUUCCAAACUUCAUUGAUUGUAUUUUUCAGAAACUUUGUUUUGUUAUGAAAUUGAAGGUCACAAUCCAUAUGUAUUAAACUGAUAUGAACUAAAAUGUUCUAAAAUACAAUA